AUGGAAAGAUUCAACAAUCAAGUUCAUAAUGAGAAGCUAAACUUUAUCCUUAACAGUGGAGAUACACCCUUCAUAAAACGACAGAGGUCACUGAAGAUCCUGCCACAGAGGGCAAACCCCAUCCAGGUGGACGUAGGAGAGUUUGAGGAACCCACAGAGGAUAUAGAGGAGAUCAUCACAGAAAACCCCUGCCAAAGCCACCACUGCAAGCACAGCAAGGUGUGAAAGCUAGAUGACAACAACUCAACCAUGUGCAUGUAUAAGGACCCCUCCAGCUGCUUGGCUACUGCUGGCAUCUUCGAGAAGGUCUGUGGUACCAACAACAAGACCUAUUAUUCCUCCUGCACUUUCUUUGCCACUAAGUAUACAUUGGAGGAAACCAAAAAGGCACACAAGCUGCACCUGGACUACAUUGGGCCUUGCAAAUUCAUCCCUGCCUGCCCAGACACAGAGCUAACCAACUUCCCCCUUCACAUGCAGGACUGGCUUAAACAUGUGCUGAUAUUAUAUGAGUGCAAUGAGGACAACAACCUGCUUAAUGAGAAGCAGAAGUUCAAGGUGAUCAAAGAGAAUGAGAAGCAUCUUGGAGGCCCUAUCUUUUAA